GAAUCAGACAAGAUUUUUGGUGGUACUGUCUUUGUUUUUCUAGAUUUUGAGGAUUAUUUCAGCUUACAAUGGAGACUUGGGCCUGAUUGCUAUGAAUGGUAACACACCACUUCAUUAUGCUGCAGAGGGAGGAUUUACAAACUGCUGCAAGUUUAUAGGACAAAGAGGCUGUGAUCCUACCUGGAGAAACUUGUUGACACAGACCCCAAGAGCUGUUGCCAAAGAAGGCGGUUUUAAAGCAGCAGCAGCACAAUUGCGCAAAAUUGAAGCUACCUUUAAAAAAAUGUCCAAGGCUGGGGCUAAGGAGGACAACCCCCAGUGGGCACUGAGGCUAUAUGACUGGUCCUUAGAGCACCAGGCUGCCCUCCGCAAUGCGUUUGAGAAGGUCAGCCAAGGAGAUGGGAUGGUACCUAAAGAUGAUUUUAUAUCAGUCAUUAAGACGCAGUGUGCCUUUGUGGACGUUGAGCAAAUACAAAGUAUUGCUGAAAUGCACGAAGGAUCUCACCCUGAGGGAAUCAACAUAGAAGAAUUUUUCAAAGGCUCUAAAUACUUGCAGAAAAACUAUCUUAUAACUUCCUUUGGGCCCAAAGGGAAGAAAGGGAAGAAAGGGAAGAAACGAAGAGGCAAAAAAGGCAUCGCCGUCCCUGUACCGAUCUGUGUUAUUCCGAAGAGCGCGUGCCCGCGUAGGGAAGAUGGCAUCCCCGAGUACAUGAUUGAGGUGAUUCAGGGCAUUGCUAAUAGCUACCAUUUUAACCGAGACCACCCAUCUGCCCAUCCCGUGCAUGACGACCGCGCCUGGUAUAUAGAUGAGCCAAGGAAAACAUAUAUGAAUAUUAACUACCUCGUCAGAGCAGGAGACAUUCUGUCUCUACAGAAAGCAUUUGAGGAGGGUGUGCCAGUAGACAUAAAAGAUAAAUAUUACAAAACACCUUUGAUGACUGCAUGUGCAAGUGGGAACAUAGAUGUUGUGCAGUAUCUUCUGGAAAAGGGGGCUCAUGUAAACACAACUGACAAUUUCAUGUGGACUGCCCUCCAUCACGCUUGCUAUAACGGACACUUAGAUAUCGCUGAACUGCUAGUGAAGGCUGGAGCAGCAGUGGAUGCGCCUGCGAUUGGCAACGCAACCCCGCUAAUGAGAGCCAUUGAGAUCUGCAGAUUGGAUAUAGUCUAUUUUCUUAUCACUGCAGGUGCUGACAUCCAAAUCACAAACAGCAAUGGAAAGAAUGCUCUUGAUAUUGCUAAAGUAUUUGCAGAUUCUAGAAUAAUUGAUCUGCUCCAAAAUAUAAUGGAAAAUUUAUCAGAAGUACCAGAGAAAAAAACAGAGAAAGAAAAAGUUGUGAAGCCAAAGUCACCUGCUACACCGAUGCCUGUAGAGGUACAAGCUGUGACAAAAGAGAUAUCUCCGCCAGUUGUAGAAAAAUCUGUUCUUGAAGAGACAACACAUUCCCUUAAGGACAGUGUUAUAUAUCUGAAUUCUCUGAUAACCAGUGGUGCUACUAGGAGAGAUGACAUCACAUUCAAACCCAGAAAAAUUUGGGCCCCUGAUGCUGCAACAGAGGAGUUAGUAAGAAAGCAAGAAUUGCUCCGUGAACGCUCUACUCUUGAUGGCCACUCAGAAAGCUUCACGACCCCCUUUAAUAGAAAAUUUAUGGAAUAA